GUGGAGCAUGCGCGGAACGGAGCCAGGAAGCUGAGCGGACGUGAGCUCAGCUUGGGCGAGACUGAGUUCGGCUCUGUGAUCCCGGAUCGGAUCCUCUGGGUCCGGAGGAGUGCAACGGACAGACGAAAAAAUGGUCCACCGUAGGUGGGGAGCGCCGUGAAACAGCCGGCGUCACGCCACAGCUCGCCCCCUCCCUACCCGCUCGGGCUGGCCGUCUGCUCCGGCUUCCUCCGAGUCCCAAUCGCGCGACAAAAGGACGCCCAGAGUGCUCCGCGUCUGGCCCUUUCGAACAUGCGCAGUCAACGGGCAGAAGAAUGACCGCCUUUUGGAUACGGCGAUUUCAGGGACGCGGAGCAUGGUGGGAAGUGCUGCUGCUACAGCCUCAGCUUCUAGGUGGGUGUUAGAAGAAGAGGAUUUUCUGACAGAAACUUCAAGAUCUGGCUGACACAUCACACAGAUAAUCAGGACUUGAAUAUCUUCAGCAUUCUGUCAUGGAAGCAAAAGGCACGAGUCGUAAUGCAGAGAAACCAUACAUGUGUUCUAUUUGUGGUCGAUGCUUCUGCCGAUCAUCUGGCCUGUCAAGACACAAGCACAGCCACACCAGUGAGAAACCAUGUAAGUGUGGGGACUGUGGGAAGGGGUUCAGUUACCCGUUUGAGCUGGAAAUUCAUCAGCGCAUGCACACUGGGGAAAAACUGUUUACCUGUACCAUGUGUGGUAAGGGGUGUACUCAUUUCUCUGCCCUCCGGAAGCACUGGCGAGUUCACACUGACCAAAGACCUUUUAAAUGUCCAGACUGUGGAAAGUGCUAUAAAAGUUCCUGGGAACUGACGUGUCAUCAACGUGUUCACACUGAUGAACGACCAUUCAGGUGCACUCACUGUGGAACUGGGUUCAGGCGAUCAUCUGAUCUAACUGUACACCAACGUAGCCACACUGGGGAGAGACCCUUCACUUGCCCUGUGUGUGGGAAAGGAUUCACUCAAUCUUCCCAGCUUAGUACCCACCAACUUGUUCACACUAAUAAGAGACCUUUUAAGUGUUCUGAUUGUGAGAAGAGCUUUAAAAGCAAAAAGCAUCUGGUGACUCACCAGCGAGUUCACACUGGUGAGAGACCAUUCACUUGCUCUGUAUGUGGGAAGGGUUUUGGCCGUUCCUCUUACCUACUGAAGCACCAACUGGUUCACACUGGGGAGAGGCCAUUCACGUGCUCGGAGUGUGGGAAAGGGUUUGCUUGUUCAUCCUACCUUUUGAAACAUCAACGGGUUCACAAUGGAGAGAAGCCUUUUUCCUGCUCUGUGUGUGGAAAGAGAUUCACUUGCUCAUCUAACCUACUGAAACAUCAACGAGUCCACACUGGUGAGAGGCCAUUCACCUGCUCUACAUGUGGGAAAGGAUUCACUGUGUCAUCCAAUCUGUUGAAACACCAGCGAGUUCACAAGUGAAUACAAACUUUAGAUUAUGCUGCUUUUCCUGCUAAAAACGAAGGCCAAAAUUGAACAUUGUGAUAUUUGGGAUUUGUUUCUGACAAUGCUAAUAAUCCCAAUAAUGGAGUAGAAUUUAAGAUGCUUGAAAAAUGUGAAUUAAGCCAGCAUUGUUUUGAACACAUUGCUGUAAGAUUUUGUCUUACCACCACUUUUAAGCAUUAACUGGCUGGAACCAGGCAAACAAUUUGGGGAAGGAUCUUAUGGAUGGAAAAGAAAUUUAGUCUGGACAUACUCCUGAAAGGAUCGUAAGGGGACUUGAUCAGGUAAACGUUGAAAGGAUAUUUUCCGUUGUGUGAAAAUCAAGAACGAGGGGUCAGAGAGUGAAAAUAAGCAAACAUUCACAUUUGGUCUUCCUCAACUCUUCCACUCUGACAGCAAAGAACAUAUGUGGUUAAUCAUGAGGUGUAUUAAGAAUGUGGCAAGAGCCCUUUCUUCCAUGGGUCAGCGCUCCUAGCCACAUACACAAAGGAUCUUCUACAGUUGUGCUUAGAAUUUGCAAGAGUAACAAUGAAUCCUGGAAAUGUGUCAUCAGAUCAUGGUUUGAUAUCCAAUUGUAACCUGUUCCUCACUGAAACUGAAAAACUGGCCUGUUGAUAAAUUGUACAAAGCUUAAUGUGUUGGUGUAAGAAUUCUAAGUUUACUAUUUUAAUAUCUAUUGAAAAUAAUCGGUUGAAGUUUGCAUUAAAAUAACAGAUGUACAAAUUCA